AUGGUUUCUGCCAGGCAGACGGUGAUCAGAAUGUACUCCAGUUACAUUUCCACGCUCUUAUACUUUAUCUGCGUGACAACGUGUAUACGGGAAAUCUCUGGAGAGAUCAAAAAGCAGGAGAAAUUGUUUCCAGAAAAUUUUACGCGGAUCCUUGAUAGACUCUUGGACGGGUAUGACAACAGACUGCGACCCGGAUUCGGCGGAGCUGUUACUGAAGUCAAAACAGAUAUCUACGUUACAAGCUUUGGACCAGUGUCUGAUGUUGAAAUGGAGUACACAAUGGACGUGUUUUUCCGCCAAACUUGGGUCGACAACAGGCUCAAGUAUGACGGCCCCACUAAAAUACUUCGUCUUAACAACUUGAUGGUCACCAAGGUCUGGACGCCUGACACGUUCUUUAGGAACGGGAAGAAAUCAAUUUCACACAAUAUGACCGCUCCAAACAAGCUGUUCCGAAUCAUGCAAAAUGGGACAAUUCUAUACACCAUGAGACUUACCAUUAAUGCAGAGUGUCCUAUGAAGCUGGUUGAUUUCCCAAUGGAUGGCCAUGCUUGUCCGCUUAAAUUUGGAAGUUAUGCAUAUCCUAAAAGUGAGAUGAUAUACACAUGGACAAAAGGACCUGACCAAUCGGUGGAGGUGCCCGAGGAGUCUUCUAGCUUGGUUCAGUAUGACCUUGUAGGACAAACAGUUAGUAGUGGCACUAUUAAAUCCAUUACAGGAGAAUAUGUGGUGAUGACAGUCUACUUUCAUUUGAGAAGAAAAAUGGGUUAUUUUAUGAUCCAGACUUACAUACCAUGCAUUAUGACAGUCAUUCUCUCGCAAGUGUCUUUUUGGAUUAAUAAGGAAUCUGUUCCAGCACGGACAGUUUUUGGUAUAACAACAGUUCUAACCAUGACAACGCUGAGCAUCAGCGCCCGACACUCUUUGCCAAAGGUUUCCUAUGCCACAGCCAUGGACUGGUUUAUUGCCGUUUGCUUUGCGUUUGUGUUCUCUGCUCUGAUUGAAUUUGCUGCCGUUAACUACUUCACUAAUGUACAAGCUGAAAAAGCCAAAAAAAGGGCAGCCAAGCCUCCUGCUACAUCUCCGCCUUCUCCAAUAAAGACAGUGUCAGUGUCAGAGAAUGUACUUCAGCACCCCGAUUCAAAUGGCAAUUUAAGGAAGAGAAUGAACUUCUUGGCACAAUCAGAUGCUCUGAUCAGUAAAAGAGAUUACCUGGGGAAUGAUAACAAGAAUGUGAAACUGAAACCGACUAUAAUUGGACAGGUACCCCCCUCGACUCUGGCACCUUCUUCGCCUGUGCCAAGUCCCAGUACACUUAGGCCCAUCCAUUCAUCUCCUACUAUACGUCCGAUGAGAAGCACUCCACCACCUCCACCUUGCACCCCGACCAUUGCAUCAUUGAGGCCAACGCCUAUUCACCGUCAAUGUGGAGCAACACUUGAACAGAGCUUGCCUGCGUCAAGAUUAUUUGGAUCAGCCCCCAAGAAUUCUUCAUCCGCCUCUACCAUGGCUGCCCCAGCCCCGCCCUCAGCAGCACCCACUGGUGUUGGAACCAGCAAAAUUGAUAAGUAUGCUCGAAUACUUUUUCCAGUAACAUUUGGUGCAUUUAACAUGGUCUACUGGGUGGUCUACCUCUCAAAAGACACCAUGGAGAAAGCAGAAAGUGAUUUGUAA